UUGACAUGGAAUUGAGUGUUUAAACUAAACAUAAAACAAACAAAAAAAACUUACCUUAAAUAUGACGGACUUUGAGAAUUCGGAUGAUGAGCUUUAUGCCAAUGAAUCGUUUGAGAAUGAAUCGGAUACUGAAGUACCCGAAAUGUCGGAAUUUGAAAGUGAGACAAGCGAAAAUAGUGAAGAUAACGAUGAGGAUGAUGAUGAUGACGAUGACGAUUUGCCUUCCGUAAAAUUGAACACGGGUCCUAUUAAAAGGAAUAGUUUUUCCAACAAUUUCACCACUAUCCAUAAAACUGAUGUCGUACCAUUUGCCUCCUCAUCCGAUGAAGAAGACGAUGUAAUAGUGGGGCAAACUUUAGCCGAAAUAAAUACACCCUCAAUGCAUUUUGAAGAUGAACCACCGACACCUGCUCCACGGCACUUACUACCAAUUUUUAAAGAAAAAACUCAUCACUUGAAAAGUGUAGAAGAAGAAGCACAGGUUAGUUCGGAAGAAAUAAGUGAAGAGGAGGAUGACGAAGAAGAGGAAUUCAAAAGAAUACAAGACAUGGAAGAGAAAUACUUGCAACAGAAUUCUGCGAAAACUUUUAAGGAAAUAAAUAGUGAAGUUAUUAAAGGUUCUGUGGUAGAGAAAAAUGGAGUUGGAGGUACAGAAAACGAGCAAGGCAGUGAAGAACAAGAGACAGAAAGCUAUGAUGAAGCAGAGGAAGAACAAGAAUCUAAUCAUGAACUUGAAACAGAAACAAAAGAUGAACAUCUUGAAGUCCCCCUUAAUAAAGAAGACUCUGAAAAAAUAUAUAGUUCAGAACCUCAAAACAAUAUACCCGAUAACACUAUAGAGUCGAUGGCACAAAACAGUUUAAUGCAAAUUAUACAAAGUUCUUUAGCUAAUUUAAAAAUUGCUUCAACAAAUGACAAUGAAGACAACUUUUUAAAGACCACUCAAGCUCUCUUAUUAAGCGAAACUGUAACACACAGUAUUGACACAGCAAAUAUAAUAAAACCAGAACAAAUUACAUUGGCUGUAGUAAAUGCUCUUAAAUGUACGGGUAUAACAAACUUACAGUCUCUAGGCAAACUGGAAACUCAAAGUCAAGAAUUAAUUAAAGUACAAGAAACUGAAGAUAAGAAAGAUGGGGCAAAGUUGGCCAUUGAGUCCAAUAUCGAAUGUGGAAAAGAAAGAGAACUUGAACUGGUUCAGUAUGAAGAUGACUAUGAAGGAGAAGAGGAGACUGCAGCAGAGAUAGAAGAAAUUCAAAAUAAUAAUCCUGUCGGUGAGGAUAAUUACGAUGACGAUCGUGAUGUUUAUUAUGAUGCUCACUUUGAUUAUCGCAUUACCAGCAAAACUCCAACCAGUUUUAAUUCCGAUGAUUAUAUAUUCCAUGCUAAUUUCAUAAAGCAAUUUCAUCGGACGAAUUCCACAGAUAAAUUAAGAGUAAAACCACACCCUCGCAAAAGCAUGAGCUUUUCCAAUGAGCGCAUGCGUGAAAUCGAAAGACACAAUCAAAUACUCCUGCGUAAAAUUCUAACACAGAAGCCCACAUACACACUCAAAAGCAAGCCAUCACAACCUUCCAUACAAAAGAUACCUUCUCAAAGUAACGCACGUCUUACUACCUCGGCAGUGAAUCGCAAAAAGCAACAACGACAAAUUGAUUUGGAUAAUCAAGUAUUGAAACGAAAAAUUGAGGCAAUUUCCCUGCGCAGGCGGCCACUGAUUCCUUAAUGUGAACUAAAGUUUUAGAGAAUUCUAGUGAAACAAGAAGUGCUUUGUAAUUUAAACUGCAAUUGUUAGAAGGAUCAGUGAGUUUGCGUAGAAAUAAAAAUAUAUAUUUUAAUU